AUGCUGUUUGAUCCUCGAUGUUCAAAGGUUGCUUCACGUUGCCUUUUGGUUGCAGAAUGCUUCCUCUGUACAGCAAUUGUACUGAAAGUACCAUAUACGGAGAUUGAUUGGAAAGCAUAUAUGACACAAGUCUCCCAAUUCCUUGCCGGCGAACGGGACUAUUCUUUGAUCAAGGGCGGCACGGGCCCAUUAGUGUAUCCGGCCGGACAUGUAUACGUCUAUACAGCUCUAUUCAAGAUAACAAAUGGCGGCAAUGAUGUCUUUGCGGCUCAAGUCAUCUUUACGGCGCUCUAUCUCACAACGCUGGCGUUGGUGAUGGCAUGCUACCGUCGUGCUGAAGCACCGCCGUAUAUUUUUGGAUUGCUCAUCCUCUCCAAACGAUUACACAGUAUCUACAUUCUCCGCCUCUUCAACGACUGCUGGGCUAUGUUCUUUGCCUUUGCUGCCAUUUACGCUUUGCAGAGAAAGGCUUGGACCAUCGGUAGUGUGUUGUACAGUUUGGCGUUGAGCAUCAAGAUGAAUGUUCUUCUUCUCCUGCCUGCUCUGGGGAUGAUUCUUCUGCAAGCACUUGGACGCGAUCGAGCUAUACGGCAGGCCAUUAUCAUUGCUCAAAUACAGGUUGUCUUGGCGUUGCCCUUCACACUAAGUGGUUUUGCAAGGAGUUACCUUGCCGGCGCCUUCGAGUUCACACGCGCAUUCUUCUACAAAUGGACGGUGAACUGGCGGUCUGUCAGUGCAGAGACGUUCUUGUCCAAGGGCUUCUCGAGGAGCUUGCUAAUUGGACAUGUUCUCACUUUGCUGGUGUUCAUGUCGACGAGGUGGAACGCUCCGUCAGGACGGUCACUCACAGACUUGAUCGUGUCCGUCUUUGAACGAGGUCCGGCUGUUCAAUUGCGUGAAGCUCGUGCACGUGCGGGCGUGACACCUCAGUUUGUCCUAACGACGAUGUUUGGCGCCAACGUCAUUGGCAUCUUGUUCGCUCGCUCCCUUCACUAUCAAUUCUACUCAUGGUUCGCAUGGAUGACACCAUUCCUGCUGUGGAGAUCAGGGAUGCACCCACUGUUGUUGAUCACUACUUGGGCAGCACAAGAGUGGGCAUGGGAUGUGUACCCAAGCACGUCAACAAGUUCCAUGGUUGUGGUGGGGAUAUUGUUAUUGCAGGUCGUCAGAGCGUGGGUUGGCAGUGGAGAAGACCAAAUGGAAGCUCUACGGAGAAGAUCGAGAGAGGAACACGAUACAGUUACGGCGAAGAAAGGGAAAUAA